CAUGCAAACUGCAGUUAAUAAACUAUUUCAAUAAAGCCAAGGAUAAAUGUUAGUACGAUUCUCCAAUAAUGAUAAUACUAUCAAUAAAUAAUAAGGCCAAGGAUAUUGGUGGGGUGCACAUGCUGUAGGCUGAACAAUAAGCUGUCAAUCAGAUACUCUCAGUCUCAAAAAUCAUUAGAGUUGACUAUGCCUUCAAACAUUAAUUUGUCGUUCUGUUUAUUCAUUCUUCAUUUGUGGGCUGUCAUCAGUGUUACAGAGCAAGAUAUAGGGGUAUAUGAGAUCAAGAAAGGAGAUUUCUCUGUAAAAGUCACCAAUUAUGGUGCCAGAAUCAUCUCUGUUUUUCUUCCUGAUAAGCAUGGAGAAGUAGGUGAUGUUGUUCUUGGAUAUGACACCAUAGAGGAAUACCAGAAUGAUACAACUUCUUUCGGAGCACUACUUGGAAGGGUUGCUAACCGUAUUGGAGGUGCUCAAUUUACUUUAAAUGGAACCGUUUAUAAGCUUGUCGCCAAUGAUGGCCCAAACACACUUCAUGGUGGUGCUAAAGGAUUUAGCCGUGUUGUUUGGAAUGUUAGCAAGUACAACCAAGAGGGUUCCUAUCCUCACAUUACUUUAACCUACCACAGUGCUGAUGGUGAAGAAGGAUUUCCGGGUGAUCUUCUUGUCUCGGUUACCUAUGCACUGAAAGACCCUUACAAGCUUAGUGUGUUAAUGACGGCAAAAGCUCUAAACAAGGCCACUCCAGUUAACUUGGCUCAGCACAGUUAUUGGAACCUCGGUGGACACAACAGUGGCGAUAUCUUGUCCAACGUUGUUCAAAUCUUUGCAUCACACGUCACUCCAGUAGAUAAGUACCUCAUUCCUACAGGCGAAAUUUCUCCUGUCGAGAACACGCCGUAUGAUUUCCUUAAACCCCGUAGAGUGGGGAGCCAGAUCAAGGAACUCCAAAGUGGAUAUGACAUCAACUAUGCACUCGACAGCGCUGAAAAAAUGAAGCACGUGGCAAUAGUUCAUGAUGAAAAGUCAGGAAGAGUUAUGGAAGUAGAAGCGUCUGCACCUGGUGUCCAAUUCUACACUGCAAACUCCCUUAUUCAGAAGGGGAAAGGUGGAUAUGUGUAUCAGCCUCAUGCAGCAUUGUGUUUUGAGACUCAAGGGUUCCCCGACGCUGUGAAUCACCCUAAUUUUCCUUCAACAAUUGUGACUCCAGGGAAGGUCUACGUUCACAAAUUGUUGUAUACAUUCUCAAUCAUGAAAUACUGGAAUUCUUAUUAGGGUUUUCCACCAUUGCUUGUUUUUGACAAAUAAAACACCCGACACUUUGGCUCA